AUGCGCCUCGCUCUCACCCGGCCCCGUCGCCUCGGAGGAGGGAGGAUGGAUCGGGGGAGAAAGCUGCUGCGGCGCUAUGGGCAGCGGGCAGGGAUGAACCGAACCGAACCGAACCGAACCGAGCAGCGCCGGGCGGGGCCGGGCCGGGUCGGAUGGGGCCGAUCCGGGCCGGGUCGGGGGGGAACAAGCCCCGCCCCUCACCGCCGCCAGCGCCACCGAGCGGGCUGCGGGAGCCGCCGCCGCCGGGGCCGGAGCGGGCCGGAACGGGCCGAACCGCCCGAACCACCGAGCCCGCUCCAUGGAGGCCGCGGCCGAGGCUCCGGGGGACCCGCAGAGCUCAGCUGCUUCUCCUACAACCAGGACUGCACCUCCCUGGCCAUUGGAACCACAACUGGAUACAGGCUUUUCUCCUUAAGUUCUGUGGAACAACUGGACCAGGUCCACGAAAGCAAUGAAAUCCCAGAUGUUUACAUCGUGGAACGCCUGUUCUCCAGCAGCCUUGUGGUUGUGGUCAGUCAUGCCAAGCCCCAGCAAAUGAAUGUCUACCACUUCAAGAAAGGGACAGAGAUCUGCAACUACAGCUAUUCCAGUAACAUCCUGUCCAUCCGACUGAAUCGCCAGAGGUUGGUUGUUUGCCUGGAGGAGUCAAUUUACAUCCAUAACAUUAAGGACAUGAAGCUUUUGAAGACUAUUGUGGAUACACCUCCAAAUACAACAGGUGAGCCCAGAAAAAAUGCGUGGAAGGGAGAGAUCAGCUCAGCAGGAGCUUUGUAGAGCCACAACACUCAG